UCAUCUACCAAACUCACGAGCCAUGAUCAACUACCGUCUGUGUUUAAAUUCUCCUUUCACUUGCCUUUUGCAAAUUCAUCACUGAAAUAGUGAAAUUCUAAACGCCCUUUUUUGAUCUUCAGUUGGAUUUGGCCGAGAGCAAUCGUCGCGUGAGAUUCUAAUCCAUGGCUAAAAGCUCGUUCAAACUCGGAAUUCCUUUGGAAAAGAGACAGGCUGAAGCUGCUCGCAUAAGAGAGAAGUACCCCGAUAGAGUACCUGUGAUUGUCGAGAAAGCUGGGAGGAGUAAAAUUGCUGACAUUGAUAAGAACAAAUACCUUGUCCCCGCCGAUAUAACUGUUGGACAGUUAGUUUACGUUGUUCGUAAACGGAUUAAACUUAGUUCCGAGAAAGCUAUAUUUGUAUUUGUCAAGGACACUCUACCUUCUACUGGUGCAUUAAUGUCCGCAAUUUAUGAGGAAAAUAAGGAUGAAGAUGGAUUUCUUUACUUGUCAUACAGUGGAGAAAACGUUUUUGGUGGGUUCCUUGAAGGACAAUGACAUAUUGACCUGUAAAUUCCACCUACCAAUCUAUCCACCAGCCUUCUGUUUCGUUCUAUUCUAGUGUGUUAUAAGGGUGCUGCUCAAAGAGUGCCCCAAAUGUUUUAGCUUAUUUCCUUCUUUUAGUUGAGCUGUGAAACAAUGAAAUAGCUUUUGCUAUCUUUCUAGUUGCAUAUCGAGCAGCAAUGAUAACUUUCUGAUCAAUUUAA